CAGAGAAAGAUGUUGGAUCCGUGGCAGCCGUCUCUACCCAACGCCUCCUACCCUUCCUUCCCCAAAACCUCCCGCUACGCUGCCAACACUCUUGUCUUCUCUCUCUCUCUCCCUCCCCCGCCCUCCCUCUCCCUCUCCCUCUGUCAUUGCGGGGAAUCGAGGGUGGGGGCGGGUGAUAAAGAGAGGUGGGCAGGAGAGAAAUCUCUAAGAGGAGACAGGACAGAUCUAGGGAGGGGGCGAGCCUGGAGGACAGUCGCACAGGGAGGGGAGAACUCCCAAGCCAGGGAGGGGGUGCACCGUCACCUGGUGGGACAGAGGCUGGAGGAGGGACGGGAACCCAGGCGGGGCGAGCCGCCUGAGAGUGGAAGGGCAGGCGCCUGGGCUGGAGGCGGAGACCAGGCGGGGCAGGGAGGCGGGGGAGGAGGGCGGUGGGAGCCUGAGCCGGAAUCGCAGCGUGAGCAGGUGGAGCUGCGGUGGGAGUCCGCCGGGUCGAGCAGAGUAAGGCGGCGGGCUCGGCGGGGGCCAUGGAGCUGCUAAAGCUGAACCGUAGCGUGCAGGGAACCGGACCCGAGCCGGGGGCUUCCCUGUGCCGCCCGGGGGCGCCUCUCCUCAACAGCAGCAGUGUGGGCAACCUCAGCUGCGAGCCCCCUCGCAUUCGCGGAACCGGGACACGAGAAUUGGAGCUGGCCAUUAGAAUCACUCUUUAUGCAGUGAUCUUCCUGAUGAGCGUUGGAGGAAACGUGCUCAUCAUCGUGGUCCUGGGACUGAGCCGCCGCCUGAGGACCGUCACCAAUGCCUUCCUCCUCUCACUGGCAGUCAGCGACCUCCUGCUGGCUGUGGCUUGCAUGCCCUUCACCCUCCUGCCCAAUCUCAUGGGCACAUUCAUCUUUGGCACAGUUAUCUGCAAGGCGGUUUCCUACUUCAUGGGGGUGUCUGUGAGCGUGUCCACACUAAGCCUCGUGGCCAUAGCACUGGAGCGGUACAGCGCCAUCUGCCGACCACUGCAGGCACGAGUAUGGCAGACGCGCUCCCACGCGGCUCGCGUGAUCGUAGCCACGUGGCUGCUGUCCGGACUACUCAUGGUGCCCUACCCCGUGUACACCGUCGUGCAACCAGUGGGGCCUCGUGUGCUACAGUGCGUGCAUCGCUGGCCCAGUGCACGGGUCCGCCAGACCUGGUCCGUACUGCUGCUCCUGCUCUUGUUCUUUAUCCCGGGUGUGGUUAUGGCCGUGGCCUAUGGGCUUAUCUCUCGCGAGCUCUACUUAGGGCUUCGCUUUGUCGGUGACAGUGACAGCGAGAGCCAAAGCAGGGUCCGAAGCCAAGGCAGGCUGCCAGGUGCUGUUCACCAGAACGGGCGUUGCGGGUCUGAGACUGGCGCGGUUGGCGAAGACAGUGAUGGCUGCUACGUGCAACUUCCGCGUUCCCGGCCUGCGCUGGAGCUGUCGGCUCUGACGGCUCCUGGGCCCGGCUCCCGGCCCACCCAGGCCAAGCUGCUGGCUAAGAAGCGUGUGGUGCGAAUGUUGCUGGUGAUCGUUGUGCUUUUUUUUCUGUGUUGGUUGCCAGUUUAUAGUGCCAACACGUGGCGCGCCUUUGAUGGCCUGGGUGCACACAGAGCACUCUCAGGUGCUCCUAUCUCCUUCAUUCACUUGCUGAGCUAUGCCUCGGCCUGUAUCAAUCCCUUGGUCUACUGCUUCAUGCACCGUCGCUUUCGCCAGGCCUGCCUGGAAACGUGCGCUCGCUGCUGCCCCCGGCCUCCACGAGCUCGCCCCAGGCCUCUUCCUGAUGAGGACCCUCCCACUCCAUCCAUUGCUUCCCUGUCCAGGCUUAGCUACACUACCAUCAGCACGCUGGGCCCUGGAUGAGGAGUAGAGGGGCCGUGGGGGCUGAGGCAGGGCAAAUGACAAGCACUGAUCCUUCCAGACACACAAAACACAAAUCACAACUGACGCAGGAGACCGACACCCAAAGCAUGGACUAACCCCAAAGCACAGGAAAAGGUAGGUUAUGUGACACAAAAGGAACAAGAAUGGAGCAGUACACAGGAAAGGAGGCAUGCCUCUGAUAUGGGACUGAGCCUGGCCCAUAGAAACAUGACACUGACCUUGGACAGACACAGUAUCCCUAGCAGUGAACUAUUUCUACACAGUGGGAACUCUGACAAGUGCUGACCUGCCUCUCACACACAGAUUAAUGGCACUGAUUGUUUUAGAGACUAUGGAGCCUGGCACAGGACUGACUCUGGGAUGCUCCUAGUUUGACCUCACAAUGCCCUUUCCCGAUCAGUACUGAAAAUACCAUCAGGCCCAAUCUCAUACCUCUGACCAACAGGCCAUUAUGCACUGAAAAGGUUCUUCAUCCCUUUCCAGUUAAGUACCAUGGCCCUGCCCUCUCCUUCCUUACCCAAACUGUUCAAGAAAUAAUAAAUUAUUUGGCUUCCUCCUGAA